UAAUUAAUCAAACAUAAGUUAAGAAUUGCAAGAAUCGUUUCUAAUUUUAGGAAUGAAAGAAACGUCUCUUGUGGCACCCUCCUCGACAUCAUCAAACGAGUAACAGUCUCGCCAUAACAAAAAUCGCCGGAGACGCAGCUUCCUUCGCCAAUUAUCUUACACCGGGAUUUUUUCACGGCGCCGUUUGCCUCCGUCGCGUACAAUUGUAGCCUUCUGAGAAAUCACGAUCUGAUAACAACCAGGGGAGAGCAAAAAAAGAAGAAGAAAGAUCAAUAUGGGGAACGGUGAAAGAGGAAGACCUAACAAGAAGAUGAAGUACGCUGGGAAGGAUUACUAUGAUGAUGAUGCUAAUGAGGGUUCUCGUGAUGGAGAGGAGAAGAAGAGGGAUUUUACAGAUUUGGAGUUGAAGCCAGAUCAUGGGAACAUGCCUUUGUGGGCUUGUGCUGAUGGAAGGAUUUUCCUGGAGACGUUUUCUCCUCUCUAUAAACAAGCUUAUGAUUUCCUUAUCGCCAUUGCUGAACCUGUUUGCAGGCCAGAGUCAAUGCACGAGUAUAAUUUAACCGAUCUAGAUUUUCGUCUGAGCCAUAUUAUGACGGUGAUGGAUUUACGAUUGGAAAAACAAGCGGUGAACUUGAGGCUGGACCCGGAGAGCUGUUGAAUGAAGCAGAAUUGGCAGCAGCAGCAGAAGAGAAAGAAACUCACUCGUUUGAGAUAGACCCAACACAGGUGAUGAGUUGUAUUGAUGAGUUGGUAGUGUUGUAUGAUCUUUACUUAUUAUUUUACUAUAUUUAUUACUAAGAAACACCUAAACUUGGUUCUACCAAAAAUCAACAAAAUUUUCCUUUUCUCUUAACAAAGU